GCCUCGGCAUCGUCGUCGUCCGUCGCACUCCAUACAGCGCGCGGGGGGGAUGUUUGCAUAAAAAUUUUAUUUUUCUGCUAAGUGCACACGAUGUUUUUUUAACAUCGAGGAAAAAGCUUCGCACGCACGAUGCUGGUUCAUAAUUGGCCGUGGAUCUCGAGCUCGUGGACGUGAAGCUUGCGGACAUGGAACUUAAGAACCAAGUAUACAAAAACAAACUCUCAAGUAACUACGUCGCAUCAGUGGUGCGGAAAUGAAUCAAACUACAGGGUAAAAAAGCUGUGAAAAAAAAACAUAGAUCUAUUGAAAAUUGUAAAUAUACAAAAAGUAUUCUUAUUGGAAAGAGCUAUGGGCAUUGAUAUUUUAAAGUAAUAUACAACCAAAGAAAAAAUUUUAUUGUAAAAGAAGUCACAAUUAUACAUAAGCUGCAAAUUUCAUCAAACUUUCAUUGUGUUGAAAUGUUACCUGCAAAAUUUAUUAAAGAAUGAUAAAAAUAAGUAAAGUAAAAGCUGAUGACGGCACAAAUAGUAAGACAUGAUUCUAAAAAUACAACGCUGGAUAAUUUUUGCUCUAGAUUGUAUCAUUCUUGUAAUAAUUUGACAUUGAUUGAGUUUGAUCAAACAACGAAUUAUAGUUUGCGUUAUACAGAGGAAAACUCAGUUGUAGAUGAAAUUAGUUAUUUUGAACAUAUUUCAAAGAGCAAUGAACGAGAAAAUACAGUUACUACAUAUAUCACAGAAGAAACUCCAUUUGAAACACCUUUGUUUUUUUCUACUUCUACAUCAACAUCAGAUUUACUGAGACUUGAUGAUAUUAAAAUUGAAGAUACAAUUAUUGAAAAAUCAGAAAAUUAUAAUAAGAUUAAUGGAGCUUCUAAAAAACAGCUAGAAAUACCAAAGGACUUUAGUCAAUUAAAAAGCUACAUGGAACUAGAAAAUAAGGAUAAAGAGUGUGAAAACUCUAAUAGAUGUAUAUAUUUACCAGAUGACUCAGAUGAUGAAAAAUGUGAUGAUGAAAGGAUAGAAAGUAUCAUUAAUGUAACUCCAUCACAGUCGCCAAUUGACGAUAAAGAUAGAGAUGAUAAAAUGGUUAAUUUUGGAGAUUCAGAUCAUUUUACUGAGCAGACUCCUUUAAUGUUUUCAAGAAGCAGUUCUUUAGGAUCUCUCAGCGGUUUUGAACAACAAUCUAUUUGUGAUGAUCACAGUUCUAUCGUAAGUGAUUUCAGCUUUAGAACUAGCGAAGCUGUAUCUCCCAGUAAUCUUCCAGAUUCUCCAGCUCAAUUAACACCUGGACAACAGAAACUUAAGAAACCCAAUAAAAAAAGGACCCAACAGUCCUUACCAAAAAUGCAAACCAAUGAACCAUGUUCCUCUCAACAAGAAAUAUCAAAACAUAGUAUUUUUGAAGAUGAUGUAGCAGUAUUUAAAGAAGAGUCAACUCCAAUAAAACUUCAGUCAGUGGCAGCUAGUAGUUUAAGUUCUUUAACGAUCGACGACGACGAGGAGGGAGAUGAAAGCGGAGAAAGAAAAAAUAAAAUAAGUGUAAUUAAAAGUGCAAAAUUAAGCGAAAAAGAUGAUACAAUAACCAGGAUACAGGAGGGUAAUGAAGAUUUAUUAGAAGGUAAGAGUGACAAAGCAACAUAUUUUUAUGCGGACGAGGAGAAAAUUUUAGACGAAUAUAUUCGUAAAGGAAUUGCCAAAGUUACAAAGACUAACGUGAGCUGCGUCUCGACGCCCAGCAAUUACGAGGGGGACGAGGCGUGCGACGAUCGUAUCGCGUGUACUUGUAAGAUCGACGAUUGUCAAAGUGCUUGUCAGUGCAUAAACUCGCUAGAUUUGUUCGACGAGGAGUCCGACUUGACCGUGGAGGAGGAGUCGCUUCUCAACGAAUACAUCAGGCGAGGAAUCGCUAAAGUCACCAGGCAGAGCAUCGAGCACGUGUCCACUCUGAGCUUGAACAAAAAUUCCCCUCGCUCGAAGGUGUGCGGAGAGGACUUUUGCCAGGUAGACGACGUCGACGACGACGACGUGGAGCAGCUGCGAGCUGAAAGUGCAAAGGACGAUACGUGAAAAAUCUAUUAAAAUAAGGCGGACUGUCUAUUGCGUCGAGUCUUAUAAAUAUUACUUUUGUGUCGUAAUGUUAAUAUUACAUAUAUUUACUGCGAUUCAUUUGUGUGUUUUACGUGUGCUGUGCAAAUUGUAAAAAUUAUUUUAAUGAUUAAUAUUGAGAUUUUUUUUCUUCUUCGCAUUCGUCAGUACUCAAUCAUAUCGAUUAUUGACGCAAUGAAAUAGUCAGUGUGCAAAUUUUAGUGUUAGGUGUACGCAAUCGAUCGUAUAUUAGUACAAUUGAAGAAUAUUUUAUUCGCGACGAAUGAUAAUUUUCAACAAAAAAAAAAAUUAUUAUUCUCAAGUCUACUUUAUCUAAGUCAUAUUUGAUACCAAAUUUUACUUGUAUUUAAUGAUAAAAAAAUUGGCCAUUCAGUAUUAUCACGAGUUUUUUUUUAGGAAAAAUUACCAUCGAAAAAAAAGUGGCGUCGACAAAGAUUAAAAUAAAGAAAUUUUUAAUACUUUCAUUGAUAUGUGAUGUUCUAUGAAUCAUACAAGAAGCGAAUCAAUCAACCUUCCUUUAAAAAUACUUGAAUAUUUCAGGAAAAAUUUAUCAUUAAUCUAAAAUUUUAUUUUCUCUCAUUUCUUCGGAACGCAAUAAGUGCGGAUUAUUAUUAGUUCAAUCAUGAAGUCAAAC